AGGGCGUCGUGGGAUGAGAUUAUCAAUAUUAAAGUGGAAAUUGAAACACUCAUGAGUGAUAUUAAAAACCUUUGCAAGAAUAUGCUAAAAAGCUGCAGUUUGACGAAAAGCAACAUACGCCGUGCUUUGUCGGAACAACAGUUACGCUCACUGAUUAGGAAUGCUCCUUCGAACAAUCGACCAAAUGAAUUGGCGUCGUUGGCCAGCGGUAAAAGUUUGGAAGAUUUUUUGAGUAGGACUGUAAUGUGUUUUCUGGUGGAAAAAGAAUAUUCUGAAAUCGAAGAUCGUCGUGAGAGAUUUUGCGUAAAAAGUUUUUACAAGGCUUUUCACAUGUGGCUUCCUAAGCGGGAGGAUCUUUUGCGUUUGAAGAAAUUGCAAACAGGUUUUGUCCUUCCAUUAGAGAAUGUGAUGAAGGGACAUGUAAAGAAGUCGGAGAAUGACGCCCUUGAUGAAGAUGGAGAAGAAGAUGAGGAAUACGUAAAUCAGUUGCUUGAAAAGAGAAUGGCAUCACAGGCAGGCUAUUUUGAGUCAUCACGUAAUUGUAUUCUUUUUCAAGACAAUCAAGAUAAUGCAGACGUAUCGGAAAGUGUCUUCGUAAAGAUAUCAGAUUAUCCACGUGAUAUGGUUGUGAAUCCACAAAUACGAUCUGUUGAGAAUCUUUGGAGUUUAGACGAAGUGCAACGCUUACAAUUUUUGUAUUGUCUACUUGAGGAGAAUUCGAGUAAGUUAUUGAAAGAGCUUGGCGAUCUAGUGGAGAAAAUGAAAGAAUUAGAGAGAAAAAAGAGAGAGUUAAAAAUGGACAAGAAAGUAGAAAUGCUUUCAAAAAAGAAAAUUAUUGGUGUAACUAUUACCGGAGCUUCCAUUUAUCACGAUCUACUUCAUCAAAUUGGUCCAUGUGUCGUGAUCGUAGAGGAAGCCGCUGAAAUACUUGAGCCAAGCUUACUGGCUGCGCUCACUUCAUCCAUUCAAAAUCUCAUACUUAUCGGGGAUCAUAAGCAACUCAGGCCACAAGUCGAUACAUAUAAGCUGUGCAAAACGUUUCAGUUUGAUAUCUCCAUGAUGGAAAGAUUGAUAGAAUCUGGUUUCCCCUACAAAUCACUUGCCCAGCAAAACCGAAUGCUUCCUGAGUUUUCAGCAUUGCUCAAAGAUAUUUAUCCAUAUCUUAAAGAUAACCUUCCCUUGGUGUCAAAGAACGAGCCAUUAAAAUGUAUUGAGAAGUCAAUGUUCUUUUGGUCUCAUAAUGAUCCUGAAAGCAAGGAGCGCACCAUCAGCAAUGAAAAUGAAGCAAAACGCAUUGUUGCACUUGCUCUGUAUCUUAUGUGGAAUGGAGUUUUGCCGUCUGAGAUUACAGUUUUGGCAGCGUACAAAGGACAGAUGAAGCUUCUUCGAAAACUGAUAAAAGACGCAAUGGAAUUAUGUGAAAUUGAGAACAUAACAAAAGCUAAAAGGGGAACAGUUGAUAAAAAUUUGUCUAACGAAGACAUAAGAAGAAACGAUCGUUAUAACUUUAUUCAAGUGCAGACGAUUGACAUGUAUCAGGGUGACGAAAACAAGUAUGUUAUAAUCUCUCUGGUUCGUUCAAACGAUGAAAACAGAAUUGGAUUUCUAGAAAAGAUGAAUCGUCGUUGCGUUGCUCAAUCGAGAGCAAAAUGUGGCAUGUACUUUGUAGGAAAUGCAGAUACAUUACGUGGCGCUAAGAAUUCAUGUUGGUCUUUUCUUAUAAAAUCGUUAGAAGACCAAAACUGUUUAGGAGAUGCCAUACCUCUGCGGUGUACUAAGCACAGCACUUCCAAGUAUUUAGCUGUGAAUGCUGAGGACGUUAUGAGGGCUAUAGAUUAUCCUCAAAUUUUGUGCGACGAGAUAUGUGGAGAAACAUUUGUUUCUUGCGAGCAACAUUCUUGUAAGUUGCCAUGUUUUCCAAGACAUGACGACCGUCAUCAUCUUUGUGAUGAAAAGAUUAACGACGUGUUUACCAACUGUGGCCAUCCUGUUAUCCGAAAUUGCACAGACGACAUCACUCAUUUAUUAUGUGAUGAAAAAGUUUUCGUAGAGCUUAAAUGUGGACAUCUGUACGAGAAAAAAUGUUAUCAGGAAAACUCCUCAAUUCGGUGUUUAGAACGAUGCAAGGAACUCAACAAGUGUGGAAUGCACCAAUGCGAGAAGUAUUGUGGCAUUCCUCAUGUGCAUAAAAUUUGUCAAUCUAUGGUCGAUUAUCAUUUUCCUAACUACGGACAUCCUUCACCGAAGAAAAAGCCGUGUUCCACACCCAUCACAUGGAAGUGUAAGUAUGAAUUGCCCAUAACUGGCGCGUGUGGCCACAAAUUUACGAAAUUGUGCUAUGAAGAAGAUGAGCGCGUCGAAUGCCCACUUCCUUGCAGACAAAAAAACUCGUGUGGAGUUCAUCAAUGUAAAAAAACAUGUGGCGUGCCUCAUGGCCACGACGUUUGCACAGAUUUGAUUGAUUACGUCUUUCCUGACUGUGGUCAUCCAUCUCCAAAAAAGAAGAAAUGUUCCGAACCAAUAACUUGGAAAUGUCGCUACAAGGUACCGUUUACAUGCAAAUAUAACCACGAAAUCCAGAAAGAAUGCUAUCAAAAUGACCAAGAAGUAAUCUGUCCAGUUAAACCAUGUGGCAGGUUACGUAAAUGUCGUCAUCCUUGUAAAAAUGCUUGCGGGGAGGAUUUCGAGAAAGGAGAAUGUAAGCAGUGCUACCGCAUAUAUCUUAGGAACUUGGAAAAAUUCCACGAAAACGCUAAAGCGCGAGUCAGAGAGCUACAAAAGCAAAUUUCAAAUACCAAAAUAUCUCGGUUUUCACGCAUUGAGUUGCUCAAAUCCGGUGAUACAGCUGCAGAGUAUCAGAAAGUGAAAGAUCAAGUCAUGAAAUUUAUUCAACCUUGUCACAAAUGGUUUCCAAGAAUCACGAAAAUCGAGAAAGUCACAAAUCUUGACCUAGAGAAAAAGUUCGAAAUAGCUAAAUCCAAGGCAUUUAGGGAAUAUAUUGACACGAAAUUUCAUGGUACGUCAUAUACGGCUUUGCGAAAUAUAAUUCGGGAAGGAUUCAAAAUGCCCCCAGCCAGACCAGAGCCAUUGAGUAAACGUGGAAUGUUUGGUCAAGGAAUCUAUUUUGCCACAGAUUCUUCAAAAAGUGCACAAGAAAUUUACACUAAAGGUUCUCAGGCAUUGCUUCUGUGUCGAGUAAUUCUUGGAAAGUCAUUAAUAGUGAAGGAAACGGAUUAUACUUCAGACAAAAAGAAACUGAGAUCCCAAAAAUGUGACUCUGUGUACGCACCACGUGGAACAGCUGUGGUGAAUGAUGAAUUUGUGAUUUUUGAUCCAAAUCAAGCCCUUCCACAAUAUAUCAUUUACUUUUCUGACAGCAAAGAUGUCUUACCUCCAUCUCCUUCAAUUCAUACCACAGAAUCGUUUAGCAUAAAAAAUAUGAAGCCAAGCAGAGAGGUGAAUUUCCAAGAUCCAUUUGAGAUGUACUACCAUUUUGCCGAAUCUCACUUUCGACGAAUGUCUGCCAACAGCAGUUUACAGAAUGUAAAUAUCACUGCCAUUGAUAUUGUCGUCAAUAAGGAUCUUGAACAAAGGUUUGAAGCAACAAAGAAGAAAUUUCGUGAUGUAGGUAUUCCAGAUAACGAAAUUCUUGCAUAUCAUGGAACAGAUAAGAACAACAUCCCCAGCAUUCUCCAGAAUAAUCUUCAGUUGAGUUUUGCACGAAGACAGUUGUAUGGUGAAGGAAAUUAUUUCUCUGAGUUCCCUGAAGUCAGUAUUGGUUAUGGCGAUGGUUUAUUAUUGUGUCGAAUACUUCCAGGAAAGGAAUUCGUUGAUUCUAGCUCUGCUAAUGUACCGUCUGGUUUUAAUUCAAAGAAAGUUUUACUUGGCAAAUUGAACCCAGCGACACGUGCGUGUGGUAAAAUAAUCAUCAUUGAAAAUUCAGAUCAAAUUUUACCGUUCUUUGUUGUUCAUCGUUGACAGUCAACUUUUUGCAUGUUUAAACAGCUAUUUUGAUAUUUGACCACUGUCGCGACGUAAUGGAGCACAUUUAAAAAAACUUAGGGAAACUUUCUGAACUUUGCGACUUUGGAAAGAGAAAAGCAAGAUGUUUGGGAUUUCCACAGUAUUUGUGGAAUAUUGCAGUGAUAACGGAAGGAACCAGGCGUGGCUACUCAUAUGAGGUUUUUUCACGCACGCCGUCAAAUAUGGAGAACAUCACGAAAUUGUGGAACAUAUCGUUGGCAUUCAUCAUAUAACUGAUCACUUACAUAAAAAUAUUUGUACAGGAAAGGAAAAGAAACGGUAGCGCUAUUUCAAAGAAUUUUCACUAUGAUUCAUGCAUCUCAGGCAUGUGAUUACCAUCAUGACACAGCCAGUCAUCCAUUUUCUGACCAACAGAAACGCCGAAGUAACUAACUACAGCCGUUAAUCUCAUUCAACAUACAGAACCAGGCUGCACAGUCAAGGUAGAUCUACCUUUUAUUUCUUAUACUGAUUGAGACACGCAGCUUGACUUCAACUGAACAGACCAGCAAGUGAAUAGGAAGACUUUUCGUACAUUUAUUUCUGUUGAUGGAUGUUCAGGAUAGUUUACGUCUCUAUAAUGACCGUAUUUUUGUAUUUAUAUAUAAUUUAGAUAGAUAUCAGUGCAAGCUAAUUUUCAAAACAUUGUCUCUCUGUGAUGACUUCAUGACAAUCACUCAAUAGAUGACUCAAACUCUAAUACUUUGGUAAAAUUUUGCUAGUUAUUAAGUAGUUACUGCUGCUUGACGCCGAGCUAAGAAGUACUAGCAUUUUUAUGAAUCUUUUUCAAUUAGUGGCAGAAACGUCUGAAGAGCCUGCUAGUUUACAUGCCAAACAUGGCUAUAGGUAAACCUGAUGGAGAUUGCUGCAUGUUGAAACCGGCUAUUUGCAAAUAGCAAGAUAUAGGAGAACUGGUAGGAUAUAGUUUUCAUUUUAUUUUCUUGGAUCUCAGGAAUAUUGUAGGACAGGGGGGGAAGUUAACAGGGAUAGCAUUUGACUGAACAAUGAGGACCAAUCACAAAAGGCUUUGACGUAAAUAAUAUGAAAUAAUCAGAAAUAUAUAGUAUUGCUUGAACUA